GGAAGGAAAACCGGAGAAAGAAAUGACAGCAACGCCUCAUCUCUUCCAUUCUCUUCUUCUCCCAAUUACUCCCUACGCGACUGCUAAACUCAGGGACAAACCUCAUUUUCCGGCGUACGGUGGUACCACCGUCUCAGAAACAAGGACAGCUUUGUCCCCAAUAGCGUGCGCUUACAGAGCCCAGGACGACUACCAUGCCACUCUCAAAGCUCUUAACUCCAGAGGCCGUUUUCCUAGGAAAUCACUGGGUCAGCAUUACAUGUUGAAUCCUGAGAUUAACGAGGAACUUUCGCGCGCGGCUCAUGUUAAGGAAGGUGAUGUGGUCUUAGAAAUUGGACCUGGAACUGGUUCUUUAACCAAUGUACUCUUAAACAGCGGUGCCACUGUCCUUGCAAUUGAAAAGGACCCACACAUGGUAGCUCUUGUGAGAGAAAGAUUUGCAAGUACAGAACACUUCAAGGUUUUGCAAGAGGACUUUGUCAAAUGUCACAUCCGCUCUCAUAUGUUACCAUUGUUGGAAAAUAGAAAAUCGUUAGAUGCAAGUUCAAUGCAUGCGAAGGUAGUGGCCAGCAUACCCUUUAACAUAAGUACAGAUGUUGUCAAACAACUUCUUCCAAUGGGGGACAUCUUCUCGGAAGUUGUUCUAUUACUUCAGGAUGAGACAGCUAUGCGCUUGGUUGAAUCAUCUUUGAGGACAUCUGAGUACCGACCAAUUAAUAUCUUUGUUAAUUUUUAUUCAGGUAUUUCUGCCACACAUUUAAUUGACUGUAUUAUUUUCUUUGACUAUUGUAAUGCCUAAUAUCAACUGAUUGCUUUCUGGGUUGUAAUUUGAAGGACCAAUAAAUGAGUAAGAAUAUUAAGGAUUGAGAUGGGUGAGGUUAUGGUUUCUAACUAAAAAUACGAAAUGGCAAAAAAGAAGUGCUGAUAUAUGAUAUAUCCCUUCUCUUCCACUGAGUCUUAAGGUUUUCUAUACAGCUAAUCUUCUGAUGCAUGUUUGCUUCUUGAUCACCUUUUCAGAGCCAGAAUACAUACUGAAAGUCCCAAGAACAAAUUUUUUUCCUCAACCUAAUGUUGAUGCAGCUGUUGUUACAUUUAAGCUGAAGCAAGCUGCAGGCUAUCCUCCAGUUGCCUGCACCCAAAGCUUUUUCUCAAUGGUUAUGUUAAUACUUAAUCCUCAUUGUUUCACGUUUAUGCUGUUAGAUAUCUGACUGCACCUUCAACUAAAACCUUCAUCCAUAGCUUACCUCUUUUGGGACUUCAUCUUUAUCUUUGUAUUAUAAUUCUUCAAGUAUUAGUCCAGUUUUCCCUCGUAUCAUAUGAAAUGACUUGACGUCCUUCGUUUCUAAAUUAGCUGUCUGAACAUACGCACGUUUCACUAACAUGCUUCAUUGUUUGUUAACAUAGGUUAAUUCUGCAUUCAAUGGAAAGCGCAAGAUGUUGCGGAAAUCUCUCCAGCACAUUUGCCCAUCCAAUGAGAUUGAGAGAGCUCUUGUGGAUAUAGGGCUUCGAGCCACAUCAAGACCAGAGGAGCUUACCUUGGAUGAUUUUGUGAAAUUGCAUAAUCUGGUUGUCCAUGUAUAGUCGGCCCAGUUCCUCUAAGGCAAAGUUGUUGCAA